UCCUGCAGCUUAAAAAAAAGAAAAAAGAAAAAAAAUUAAGAGAGAGAGAGAGAGAAAUAGAAAUAGGAAAAAAAAAAAAAUCCCCAGUAAAAGUUUAAGGCGAGAAGUGGCAGAGGCAGUGGCGCGAGGAGGCGCGGAGAAGAGCCGGCAAGCGGAGGACUGGGCUGGCAAGACCUCCCGAAGGCUGCGAUUUCAUUAUUAAUAUCACUAUAUUUUUGGAGGGAGAGGCACCUUUCUCAUCCUCUCUUCCUCUCCGCCCACCCCUGUUCCCUCCCCCUCAUCUACCUGUCAAAGUCACUGAUCUUUUGCAUUUCGGAAGAGGACGUCAACGGGAAGGAAUUCCCCCUCUCGGCGAGGGCUCCGAGAGGGGGCGACGCGCAGGAGGCUCCCCCUCAGGGGCCCGCGACGAAGGGUGUUGGUGCCAGAAGGAAAGAAUGAUUGAUGAGAAACAAACACCCGGCUAUAGACACUCAUCCUUUUGCUUCAGAUACUGAUAUCCUGGUGCAUCUGAGCAUCCCUCGUGAGCCGUGGGCACCGAGGAUCACCCAGGGUUAUCGGAUGUACGGCAGGAGAGCCAUCACUUUGCUAAAUCAUUCUCUGCCACUGGACAUCUUUUACAAACACCAAACCAGACGCGAGUCUAAUAGAUAUGUUCUAGGACAACAAAAAAGCGGCAAGUUAUUGUCAACGCCUAACGUCCAAGUAUGUUAGGCUUCCACCAAAGUCCUCAAUAUACCUGAAUGCGCACAAUAUCGACCCUUCGCUUUUAGAUUUGGAAUCUACACUGAGGUUUCAUCCUCUUUUUUUUUUUUUUUAAAUAUACAGACCUACCUACAUAUAGACAUAUAUGUAUAUGUAAAAUAGACACAGCUCACAGAUAAUCAAACCCUGCUUUAUUACUGCAAAGAUUGCCAAGAAUUUAGAGAUGUAUUUGUCAAGAUUCCUGUCAAUUCAUGCCCUUUGGGUUACAGUGUCCUCGGUGAUGCAGCCCUACCCUUUGGUAUGGGGACAUUAUGACGUGUGUAAGACUCAGAUUUACACAGAAGAAGGGAAAGUUUGGGAUUACAUGGCGUGUCAGCCGGAAUCCACGGACAUGACCAAAUAUCUGAAAGUAAAACUAGAUCCUCCGGACAUUACCUGUGGAGACCCUCCUGAGACGUUCUGUGCAAUGGGCAACCCCUACAUGUGCAAUAAUGAGUGUGAUGCAAGCACCCCCGAGCUGGCGCACCCCCCUGAGCUGAUGUUUGAUUUUGAAGGAAGACAUCCCUCCACGUUUUGGCAGUCUGCUACUUGGAAGGAAUAUCCCAAGCCUCUUCAGGUUAACAUCACUCUGUCCUGGAGCAAAACCAUUGAGCUCACAGACAACAUAGUUAUUACCUUUGAAUCGGGGCGUCCUGACCAAAUGAUCCUGGAGAAAUCUCUCGAUUAUGGACGAACAUGGCAACCCUACCAGUAUUACGCCACAGACUGCUUAGACGCUUUUCACAUGGAUCCCAAAUCUGUGAAGGAUUUAUCACAGCGUACGGUCUUAGAAAUCAUUUGCACUGAAGAGUACUCUACGGGAUAUAUGACAAAUAGCAAAAUAAUCCACUUUGAAAUCAAAGACAGGUUUGCAUUUUUUGCUGGACCGUGGCUACGCAAUAUGGCUUCUCUCUACGGACAGCUGGAUACAACCAAGAAACUCAGAGAUUUCUUUACAGUCACAGACCUGAGGAUAAGGCUUUUGAGACCAGCGGUUGGGGAAAUAUUUGUAGAUGAGCUACACUUGGCACGCUACUUUUAUGCGAUCUCAGACAUAAAGGUGCACGGAAGGUGCAAAUGUAAUCUCCACGCCACUGUGUGUGUGUAUGACAACAGCAAACUGACCUGUGAAUGUGAGCACAACACCACAGGUCCAGACUGUGGGAAAUGCAAGAAGAAUUAUCAGGGCCGACCUUGGAGUCCAGGCUCGUAUCUCCCCAUCCCCAAAGGCACUGCAAAUACCUGUAUCCCCAGUAUUUCCAGUAUCGGUAAUCCUCCAAAGUUUAAUAGGAUAUGGCCGAAUAUUUCUUCCCUUGAGGUUUCUAACCCAAAACAAGUUGCUCCCAAAUUAGCUUUGUCAACAGUUUCUUCUGUUCAAGUUGCAAACCACAAGAGAGAUUGUGAAUGCUUCGGCCACUCCAAUCGAUGCAGUUAUAUCGAUCUGCUCAAUACAGUCAUUUGCGUGAGCUGUAAACACAACACUAGAGGGCAGCACUGUGAGUUAUGCAGGCUGGGCUACUUCAGAAAUGCUUCUGCACAGCUGGACGAUGAGAAUGUGUGCAUAGAGUGUUAUUGUAACCCUUUGGGCUCAGUCCAUGAUCGUUGUAAUGGCUCAGGAUUUUGUGAGUGUAAGACGGGAACGACAGGGCCUAAGUGUGAUGAGUGUCUGCCGGGGAAUUCCUGGCACUCCGGCUGUCAACCGAAUGUCUGCGACAAUGAGCUCCUGCACUGUCAGAACGGAGGGACGUGCCACAACAACGUGCGCUGCCUCUGCCCAGCCGCCUACACGGGCAUCCUGUGUGAGAAGCUGCGGUGCGAGGAGGCGGGCAGCUGCGGCUCCGACUCCGGCCACGGGGCGCCCCCGCCCGGCUCCCCCGCGCUGCUGCUGCUGACCGCGCUGCUGGGCACCGCCAGCCCCCUGCUGGUCUAGGCGAGCCACGGGCCACCAGCCCGGCCUGGGCCCGCCGCGGCAAGGGGGACAAGGGGGGAGGCCAAGGCGACCUGCAAGCAUUCGCUACCAACAACAUAGGAAACACACACUCAGACACCCCCACUCCAACACCGUGUACAAACUAAGAAGGCCUGACUGAACUAAGCCAUAUCUAUUAGCCGCGGACAGCACACCCGAGUCAAGACUGUUAAUUUCUGACUCCAGAGAAGUUGGCAGCUGUUGAGAACUCUCACCACAAAUCACCCGGCCAGCUGCGGAGCUUCUCGCCGACUGGGCAGGCUGCGACAGCCCCCCACCCAAACAGGAAAGACCACAAACAAACCAAGCAACCUAAAACCAUUCGCUGCUCUCCCGUGGGGUGCCCCGGCACCACUGGCCCGGUGUGUGGACCAACCAAAUAGAAGCGUUCUUUGCUGGCAGUGCACUGUGGGUAUAAGGAAAUCUGUUCCAAGCUGCCAUAUUGGCCUGCUUCGGUCCCUGAACCCCUUCCAACCUGUGCUUUAGUGAACGUUGCUCUGUAACCCUUGUUGGUUGAAAGGUUUCUUUGUCUGAUGUUAGUAAUGCACACGUGUAACAGCCCCCCUCCAAAAGCUCCAGCCAGUCAUACCCCGUCUAUCUUAGCAGCACUGAAGUCACUCCCAGUGCGAGCACACAUCCACUGUCCAAAAGUGGCUCUAGGAAAAAAGAAAGUGUAUCUAUCCUUUUGUAUUCAAAUGAAGUUAUUUUUCUUGAAAUACUGUAAUAUGUAGAUUUUUUGUAUUCUUGCCAAUUUGUGUUACCAGACAAUCUGUUAAUGUAUCUAAUUCGAAGCAGCAAAGACUGACAUUUUAUUUUGUCCUCUUCCGUUCUGUUUUGUUUCAUUGUGCAGAGACUUCUCUGUAAGGGCAACGAACGUGCUGGCAUCAAAGAAUAUCAGUUUACAUAUAUAACAAGUGUAAUAAGAUUCCACCAAAGGACAUUCUAAGUGUUUUCUUGUUGCUUUAACACUGGAAGAUUUAAAGAAUAAAAAUUCCUGCAUAAAUGA